CAUCCCAUCCGAACCGAACGGACACGGGUGGUCAUGGCUCGGCAUGCCGUCCUGUUCGUGUCCAUCGUCGCCACACUUGUAGCGCCCCGAGCCGCCGGAUACCCCUGGCCGACCUGCGGCACGACCGGCAGCUUCCCGGCCAACGACAGCACGUACCUGGCGAGCAUCAACACCAUCGCCGCCACCCUCCCCAGGAACGCCUCGGCGUCCCCGGGCCUGUACGCCACCGGGCAGGCAGGCCAGGUCUGGGCCCUCGCGCUCUGCCGGGGCGACCUCAACGCCACCUCCUGCUUCGACUGCCUCACCAAGGGAUUCCAUGACCUGCCGAGCGUGUGCGUCUACAGCAAAUACGCAACCAUGUACUACGACAAAUGCUUCCUCCACUACUCGAACAUCCACGUCCGCACCUCUGACCUCACCGCGAGGAGGUCGGAGCUCUCCAUCACCUCUGUCGACAACGUUACGGCGGUGCCGGCCCGGUUCGACCGCGUUGUGACGGUGCUCCUGAACGCCACCGCGGACUAUGCCGCGUACAACUCCUCCGUGACACGGCUGUACGCAUCCGGGAUGGCCUCUUUCGACCAGGAGAUCCCUGACGUGUACAGCUGGGCGCAGUGCACGCCAGGCCUCACGCCGGUGCGGUGCCGGGUUUGUCUUGCCCACAUGAUCAAGGCGUUGAAGAGUCCGCUGUACGCUGUCUGGGCAGGGUAUCUUGGGAUCAUGUGCAGCGUCCGGUAUGACAACAAGCCCUUCCUUGAUGGUCCGCUAAUGGUACUUCGCCUGCCAGCAACGGGAGGUCCAGCACCGUCGUCAACACCAGCACCGGGAGCUCCAGCAACGUCGUCGACGCCAGCACCAGCGAUCGAAGGAGAGAAGCAAAGUAAUAGUGCAACAAGGAUCUCGGUGGGCAUCGUUUGUUCCCUUAUAUUGGUAUCGAUUAUUUCGGCUUUUGCCUUCAGUCGCUUCAGGAGAAGGAACAAAGCUAAGGAGGACCACGAAAACCCGUUUAAAAAUAUUUCGAGAGCACAGUGCAUGAUCUUUGACUUGCCUGCUCUGGUAGAGGCAACCGAAAGCUUCUCAGAGAGGAAUAAGCUUGGAGAAGGUGGAUUUCGUGUUGUGUACAAGGGGAUACUUCCGGAUGGGCAGGAAAUAGCAGUGAAGAAACUUCGUGGAAGAGCUGGGCAUGGUUUGCAUCAGCUGCACAACGAGGUGCUGGUGUUGGCAGAACUUCAGCACAAGAACCUUGUUCAAUUACGGGGGUUUUACUCGCAUAGGGAUGAUACACUUCUUGUCUACGAAUACAUCAAGAAUGGGAGCCUUGCCAGAUAUCUAUCCGAUACUGGAGAGGGACAUACACUAAUUUGGGAGCAAAAGUAUAACAUAAUUCUUGGUGUUGCCAAGGGAAUAUUGUAUCUUCACGAGGACUCUAUCAUAAGGAUUAUCCACCGGGAUUUGAAACCUAACAACAUUCUUCUUGAUGAGGACAUGGAACCCAAAAUUGCUGACUUUGGGUUGGCAAGGCUGCUAGGAGAAGGGCACACACAUACCAAGACAUCCAGAGCUGUUGGAACACUAGGUUAUAUGGCCCCCGAGUACGUCUAUAAUCGACGUGUGUCGCCCAAGAUUGAUAUUUUCAGCUACGGUCUAUUAAUCCUGCAAAUCGUUACUACGAGAAGGAAGUGCUGGUCUGAUGAUGGCAAGACUAUGAAUCUCCUCACUGAAGUGUGGAGUCACUGGAAAAAGGGAACAAUCUCGCGAAUGAUGGACAAAACACUCAACCAACAUACUCAAAACCAACAGCUACGAUGCAUAUACGUCGGGCUGAUGUGUGUCCAAGCCGACCCUAGUGACAGGCCUGAGAUAUCCACCGUCAUUUCCAUGUUGACCAGAGAUAACAUGGAUCUUCAGCCACUGGAGGAACCCGCAUUCUUCUUCAGGAGUGAGCCAACGUCUGAUUUCAUGUCCGGAGAUGACAUCUCUGUGAAUGGUGUUACAGUUACAGAUCUGUGUCCUAGGUAAAUCGAUUGGAAAGGUGGCAUGUGAGUGAUGGGUGACCUCCUUGACUGGGGUAUAUAGUUUAUUGUGCGGCAAACAAAUAGUACUGUCUGUGUGUUGUCUGUACUUAUAAUGAGGAAACUGUUGGAAGUAAACCCAACGUUCAAUCCUAUUGCAUGUGUAAGAUGUUAUGGAGGCGUCUCAAUGUCCUAGACAAGGAGACCCGCAGCUUAUGUUGAUAAUUUGGAUUGAAGUACAAGUUAGGGAGAGAGAGAUAUGCGUACAUAAGGAAGAGAUUGCAUGUGUAAGAUGUUAUGGAGGCGUCUCAAUGUCCUAGACAAGGAGACCCCCAGCUUAUAUUAAUAAUUUGGAUUGAA